GUUAGUAACUUCGUUUCGAGUUACUUCCUCGUGUAUAUCUAACGUAUUGCAAGGUAGGGGAAACACUGGAUUGGAUGAAAGGUAUAUACCGUACGAUGAUGGUUGUCAGUGACCAUGAGACUUCUUAGAAUGUUGGACAAGUAUUCAAGUUGCUUCAAAACUAUAUAUCAUUCUUCGAUUUCGUUAAUAUGGCUCGUUAAAUCUGUGUUAAAUUCUAUAUUUAAUUGUAAUUGUCAUCGACAUUAAAAAUUCGUUUAAAAUAGAGCAAAUAGAGGAAAAGUGUUACAAGUGAUAAGACUUUUCAUUUCAGGAUCCGGUACGGUAAAUAACUCGAAUAAAAAAUUUGUAUACUCUAAAUUUGUAAACGCCUUAACUCUUGGAAACUACUUUUGGAUCGUGGUGAUCGGAAGCAUAGAUGUUGUGAAUUCAAAUUUAUUGAAUUUAUCUUUUUCCUGUUUAAUGAUAAUAUAUAUUUUAUAUUUAUACAUAGAAGAAAAUGCAAUUCAAUCACUUUUUCCAUGGAUGCUUUCAUCAUAUUGAAGAUAAUAAUAAUCUGUGCAAUUUACGAAAGAUCGAUGAUUAAUCAGAAGAAUAAAUAAGUAUCAAUCGAUAUGGUUCAAAUCAAUUUUAAUUCGAUUCGAGUACUCGAAAGUACACGAGCUAAGUGAAUUAUGAUAAUUGACGGUCAACGGGGUGAAUAAAUAUUGUAAUUGAGAAUUGAAAAUUAAUGGAUCUAUGUCGUAAAUAUAUAUUUACGAAAAGUAAAAAAAAAAAGAAAAAAAGAAAAAAAAAGAAAAAAAAGAAAAGAAACUUUUCUAUAAAGUGAUAUUGUGAUAUUGAGUUAAUUGAACGAUGCUAAUCAAAAAACUGAAAUAUAUCAUCGAUUGUGCGUCAAAAGAUCGUGUUCAUGAGAGCACGUGUAUCUCCUAUCAGUGAUUUUUUUCUAUUGUGAAAACAAAAGUUUAGAAUUCUUGAUAAAUCAUGCUAAUCUCUUGAAAAAUAAUCGCCUGUUUUUCUUCCACUGAUACAAUCGAAAUAAUUCCAUAAGAUGUUUGUAUUGGAUGAAAAGAGAUCAAUAAUCAAUAUAUUUAAAAGAAGAAAUCAACUUUUACUGUCCUUCUGAACCGGUAUUCAGACCGGAAACAAAGUUUUCUGCAACUUUCCUCGUGGAAUAAUUAAAUCACUGUGUGAAAUACUUUUGGAGAAGGAAAAACUAGUUUGUUCGUAAGUUAAAAAGAGAGGGAGACGAAUAGAAAAAUUAAGGAAUAACAGGAGAAUAAAACUUCAAGGAAAUAUAGGAUAAAAUCCUUAAAAAAUUUGGAAUUCCAAUUUUAAUUGAAGAUCGAGUAGUAGAAUUACGAAAUGAGACGAUUAAAAAGAUUCAUUUUGGCUGAAAAUACAGAGGAAGACCCGAUAUGGAAAAGUUCGGAUAACUUAAUGAUUGGUAUAUCGAAAAUACAUGAGGAACUAUUGAAGGAAUCGACCGCUACACCGGAAACGAAAAAAAAGGAACCAGCCGCUUCACCGGAUAUAUCCAUAAAAAAACAACUACAAUCGUCGUGUAAUUUAACGCCCAGCAUGUCGCAGGGUACGGUGAUGAUCCAGACGCAAAGCCGACUACAUGAGAAGGACUUUACUAUUGCCACACCUGAGGAAUUUGUUCAUCGUUUCGGCGGUACAAGAGUCAUUAACAAAGUUCUGAUUGCCAACAAUGGAAUAGCAGCAGUAAAAUGUAUGCGUUCAAUCCGUCGAUGGUCCUACGAAAUGUUCAAGAACGAACGUGCUGUGCGCUUUGUUGUAAUGGUAACUCCGGAAGAUUUGAAAGCUAACGCAGAAUACAUCAAAAUGGCAGACCAAUACGUACCUGUACCAGGUGGAACCAACAACAAUAAUUAUGCAAAUGUCGAGUUAAUUGUAGACAUCGCUAUACGUACACAAGUCCAGGCUGUAUGGGCAGGAUGGGGUCAUGCAUCAGAAAAUCCAAAGUUGCCAGAAUUACUUCAUAAAAAUAACAUGUGCUUCAUUGGACCAUCCGAAAGAGCAAUGUGGGCUCUUGGAGAUAAAAUUGCAUCUAGUAUUGUAGCACAAACUGCAGAUGUACCGACACUUCCCUGGUCAGGUUCAGAAUUGACGGCGCAAUAUAGUGGAAAGAAGAUAAAAAUAUCUUCAGAACUUUUUAAAAAAGGAUGCGUUUCGACGGUAGAGGAAUGCUUAGCAGCAGCCAAUAAAAUAGGCUUUCCUAUAAUGGUAAAAGCUAGCGAAGGAGGUGGUGGCAAAGGUAUCAGAAAAGUUGAAAACGCUGAAGAAUUACCUACGUUAUUUAGGCAGGUACAAACUGAGAUACCUGGAUCUCCGAUAUUCAUUAUGAAGUUAGCAAAAUGUGCACGUCACUUAGAAGUUCAAUUACUAGCUGAUAAUUAUGGAAAUGCGAUAUCGUUAUUCGGUCGUGAUUGUUCUAUUCAGAGAAGACAUCAAAAAAUUAUCGAAGAAGCACCAGCCGUAAUUGCUAAACCUGAAGUCUUUGAAGAAAUGGAAAAAGCUGCUGUAAGAUUAGCCAAAAUGGUUGGAUAUGUCAGUGCAGGUACUGUCGAAUAUCUUUACGACACUUCUGGACGAUAUUACUUUUUGGAAUUGAAUCCACGUCUUCAAGUAGAACAUCCAUGUACUGAAAUGGUAUCUGAUGUUAAUUUACCUGCGGCUCAACUUCAGAUUGCUAUGGGAUUGCCCUUACAUCAUAUUAAAGACAUUCGUCUUCUUUAUGGUGAAAGUCCAUGGGGAGAUAGCGUCAUUGAUUUCGAUCAACCACGACAUAAACCUCAACCAUGGGGUCAUGUGAUAGCAGCAAGAAUUACUAGUGAAAAUCCUGAUGAAGGUUUUAAACCAAGUUCGGGUACUGUUCAAGAAUUGAAUUUUCGGUCUUCAAAAAAUGUUUGGGGUUAUUUCUCAGUAGGAGCUUCUGGAGGUCUUCACGAAUUCGCAGAUUCUCAGUUUGGUCAUUGUUUUUCUUGGGGAGAGGAUCGUAACCAGGCUCGAGAAAAUUUAGUCAUAGCUUUAAAAGAAUUGAGUAUUAGGGGUGAUUUCAGAACCACUGUCGAAUAUUUGAUCACAUUAUUAGAAACUGAAUCUUUUCAACAAAAUAAUAUAGACACUGCUUGGCUUGAUUUAUUGAUCGCCGAACGCGUUAGAAGUGAUAAACCGGAUGUAUUAUUAGCUGUAACGUGUGGCGCGCUUCAUAUCGCUGAUAGGACAAUCACGGCUGCUUUCACUGGAUUCCAAACAGCAUUAGAAAAAGGACAAAUACAAGCUAGUAAUGAUUUAGAUAAUAUUAUCGAUGUUGAACUUAUUAACGAUGGAUAUAAAUAUAAAGUACAGACUGCUAAGUCAGGUCCUAAUAGUUAUUUUCUUGUUAUGAACGGUUCCUACAAAGAAGUAGAAGUACACCGACUGUCAGAUGGAGGAUUGCUGCUCUCUUUAGAUGGUGCAAGUUUUACUACUUAUAUGAGGGAAGAAGUUGAUCGUUAUAGAAUUAUUAUUGGAAAUCAAACUUGCAUCUUUGAAAAGGAUAACGAUCCUUCUUUAUUAAGAUCACCAUCAGCCGGAAAAUUGAUCAGUUAUUUGGUAGAAGAUGGUGGACAUGUGAAUGCUGGACAAGCCUAUGCAGAAAUUGAAGUUAUGAAAAUGGUAAUGACAAUAACAGCGAGCGAAGCUGGUCGUGUCUUCUAUGUUAAAAGACCGGGUGCUAUUCUUGAGGCUGGUACUUUGAUUGCUCAAUUAGAGUUGGACGAUCCGUCUUUGGUAACGAAAGCCCAAGAUUAUACUGGUCAAUUCCCAGAAACUGCAGCACCAGCAAUACCGGAAAAAUUAAAUCAUUUACAUGCUAAAUAUAGAAUCGCUUUAGAAAACACUUUAGCAGGAUAUUGUUUGCCAGACCCAUAUCAUUUACCACGAGUACGAGAACUUCUUGAGAAAUUUAUGAAUUCACUUCGUGAUCCUAGUUUACCUCUACUUGAAUUACAAGAAGUAAUUGCAACAAUAUCAGGAAGAAUUCCAAUUUCUGUCGAGAAAAAAAUCAGAAAAUUAAUGUCGUUGUAUGAAAGAAAUAUUACCUCUGUUUUAGCUCAAUUUCCUAGUCAACAGAUUGCUGCUGUAAUUGAUGGACAUGCAGCAACUCUUUCAAAGCGAUCUGAACGUGACGUAUUCUUUUUAACUACUCAAGCUAUAGUACAAUUAGUACAAAGAUAUAGAAAUGGAAUACGUGGAAGAAUGAAAACUGCUGUUCACGAACUUCUUCGACAAUAUUAUACAGUUGAAAGCCAGUUCCAACAAGGGCAUUAUGAUAAAUGUGUUUCAGCUUUAAUAGAACAGUACAAAGAUGAUGUAGCAACAGUAACAGCUAUGAUCUUUAGUCACAAUCAAGUCACAAAGAAGAAUGUUUUAGUAACUAUGCUCAUUGAUCAUCUUUGGGCAAAUGAACCCGGCCUCACGGAUGAAUUGUCGAGUACAUUGACAGAAUUAACUAGUUUGAAUCGUACAGAACAUAGUCGUGUGGCAUUACGUGCAAGACAAAUUCUAAUUGCUGCUCACCAACCUGCAUAUGAGUUAAGACAUAAUCAAAUGGAAUCUAUAUUUUUGUCAGCAGUAGAUAUGUACGGCCAUGAUUUUCACCCAGAAAAUUUACAAAAAUUGAUCCUUUCUGAAACAUCUAUUUUCGAUAUUUUACAUGAUUUCUUUUAUCAUUCCAAUCGUGCAGUUUGUAAUGCUGCUUUAGAAGUUUAUGUCCGCAGAGCUUAUAUCAGCUAUGAGUUAACAUGUUUACAACAUUUAGAACUAUCAGGUGAAGUGCCACUUGUACAUUUCCAAUUCUUAUUACCUAAUAAUCAUCCCAAUAUACAGAAUCAAUCUUCAGUUAAUCAUAGAAUUGGAGCUAUGGCAGCUUUCCAAGAUAUGGAUCAAUUUGUUCGAUAUUCUGAUGAAGUUUUCGAUCUCUUAGAAGACUUAUCUUCAGUUACCACAGUUUCAGCCAAAGUUUUAGAAGCAGUAGAUGCAGCUGGAAGCGAAUCGAGACAUAGCACAUCUAUAAAUGUAUCUCUAAGUACUGCAGAAACUGCUGGUCCGGUAGAAGUUGGUGAACGACCAACAGAACCGGUACAUAUUUUAAGUAUUGCCGUCCAAGAAAAGGAAAAUCAUGAUGAUGCUAUAAUGGCAAAAAUUUUUGGAGAUUGGUGUGCUGCAAAUAAAGAAGAAUUAAUCUUGCGAGGUAUAAAAAGAAUUACGUUCGCUGCUUUAAAGAAAAGACAGUUUCCUAAAUUCUUUACAUUUCGUCAAAGAGAUGGUUUUGUUGAAGAUAAAAUUUAUCGACAUCUUGAACCUGGUUGCGCUUUUCAAUUAGAAUUAAACAGAAUGAGAACUUAUGAUCUUGAAGCUUUACCAACUUCGAAUCAAAAAAUGCAUCUAUAUCUUGGUCAAGCAAAAGUUGCUAAAGGACAACAAGUCACAGAUUAUCGUUUCUUUAUUCGUUCUAUUAUAAGACAUUCUGAUCUUAUUACAAAAGAAGCUAGUUUUGAUUAUCUUCAUAAUGAAGGUGAACGUGUCUUAUUAGAAGCUAUGGAUGAAUUGGAAGUUGCAUUUUCACAUCCUCUUGCAAAACGUACGGAAUGCAAUCAUAUUUUUCUGAACUUUGUACCUACAGUUAUUAUGGAUCCAGCAAGAAUAGAAGAAAGUGUAACAAGUAUGGUAUUGAGAUAUGGUCCAAGAUUAUGGAAAUUACGAGUCCGUCAUGCUGAGAUUAAAAUGACGAUUCGUCCAGCACCAGGAAAACCAACAUCUAUUAUACGUUUAUGUAUUGCUAAUGAUAGUGGAUAUAGUAUAGAUUUACACCUUUAUACAGAAAUAACUGAUCCAAAGACUGGUAUCAUUCGUUUUGAAUCUUAUCCUUCUGCAAAGGCAAAUGGUACUUGGAGGCCCGGACCUAUGCAUGGUUUACCGAUUUCUACGCCAUAUUUAACCAAAGAUUAUCUUCAAGCAAAGCGGUUUCAAGCACAAAGUGCUGGUACAACAUAUGUAUAUGAUUUACCAGACAUGUUUAGACAACAAACUGAGAAACUAUGGCACAAAUACAUAGAAGAAAGAGAACAAUCUGAUAUAACGAUUCCGAAUACUGUAAUGGAUUGCGUGGAAUUAGUAUUAGAGGGUGAAAAUUUAGUAGAACAGAAACGUCUUCCUGGUGAAAAUAAUAUCGGUAUGGUCGCUUGGAGAUUAAGACUUUAUACACCAGAAUAUCCUAUAACUGGUAGAGACAUUAUAUUAAUUGCGAACGACUUAACACAUUUAAUUGGUUCCUUUGGCCCAAAGGAAGAUUUAGUAUUUUUCAAAGCAUCUGAAAGAGCUAGACAACUUGGAAUUCCUCGAAUAUAUUUUUCCGCAAAUUCUGGAGCUCGUAUUGGUUUAGCAGAAGAAGUAAAAGGAUUAUUCAGAAUCGCUUGGGAGGAUGACGAUGAACCAGAAAAAGGAUUCAAAUAUAUAUAUCUAACUCCGGAUGAUUACGCACGCUUAGCACCAUUUAAUUCAGUAAAAACUUCGUUGAUUGAAGAUAAGGGAGAAUCUCGUUACAAAAUUACUGAUAUUAUUGGUAAAGAGGAUGGUCUUGGUGUAGAAAAUUUGAAAUAUGCUGGUAUGAUUGCUGGAGAAACGUCAAAAGCUUAUGAUGAAAUAGUUACAAUUUCCAUUGUUUCUUGUCGUGCUAUUGGUAUCGGUUCUUAUUUAUUACGUCUUGGGCAAAGAGUGAUUCAAAUAGAAAAUUCUCAUAUCAUUUUAACCGGGUAUAAAGCAUUGAAUGUUGUAUUAGGUCGCGAAGUAUAUGCUAGUAACAAUCAAUUAGGUGGUAUACAAAUCAUGCAUAAUAAUGGAAUAUCACAUGCAACUGAUGUAAGAGAUAUAGAAGGUAUUGCCACUGCUUUAAGAUGGUUAAGUUAUUGUCCGAAAUAUAAAGGAGCGCCUCUUCCUAUAUUAUCAUCACUUCUUCCUGAUCCAAUUGAUAGAGAGAUUACUUAUGUUCCUACAAAGACAGCUUAUGAUCCAAGAUUAAUGCUUGAAGGUAGAAUACAAAAUGGUACAAAUUAUUGGGAGAGUGGAUUCUUUGAUCGUGGCUCUUGGCAGGAAAUAAUGAGACCUUGGGCUCAAACUGUGGUAACUGGACGAGCUAGAUUAGGAGGAAUUCCUUGUGGUGUUAUUGCAGUAGAAACAAGAACUGUUGAAUUGCAUUUACCCGCUGAUCCUGCUAAUCUCGAUUCAGAAGCUAAAACAAUCUCUCAAGCAGGACAAGUAUGGUUUCCUGAUAGUGCAUAUAAAACUGCUCAAGCUAUUCAAGAUUUUGGAAAAGAAGAACUUCCACUUUUUAUCUUUGCUAAUUGGAGAGGAUUUUCUGGUGGAAUGAAAGACAUGUAUGAACAGAUUAUCAAAUUUGGUGCUUACAUUGUGGAUGGAUUAAGAAAAUAUACUAAACCAAUAUUUAUAUAUAUUCCACCAAAUGGUGAAUUAAGAGGUGGUGCUUGGGCAGUUGUUGAUCCAACAAUAAAUCCUCGUUACAUGGAAAUGUUUGCUGACAAUACAAGUCGAGCUGGAGUUUUAGAACCUAGUGGAAUAGUAGAAAUAAAAUUUAGAAAUAAAGAUUUAAUUAAAACUAUGCAUAGGAUUGAUACAGUAAUACAGAAACUUAAAGAAAACUUAUCCAAUGUAAAUUCACCUGAAGAACGAAAAGAAAUCGAAAGUCAAAUACGUAAGAGAGAACAAACUUUAGAACCUAUGUAUCAUCAAGUUGCAAUUCAUUUCGCGGAUCUUCACGAUACACCAGAAAGAAUGUACGAGAAAAAUGUCAUUCACGAUAUUAUUCCAUGGCGAAAAGCGCGAAGAUUACUUUACUGGCGACUUAGAAGAAGACUUUUAGAGGAUGAAAUAAAAGAGGAAGUUCUUUCAACGCAACGAAAUUUAGAUGUUGAUUUUAGACAAGUAGGUGCGAUGUUGCGUAGAUGGUUCAUAGAGGAUAAAGGUGCCACGGAAUCAUAUUUAUGGGAUCAAGAUGAAGUAGCGACGAAUUGGUUGGAAAAUCAACGACAAGAUGAAAAUAGUGUUGUUUCACGUAAUAUCACUUGUGUCAAACAAGAUGCAAUCGUUUCUCGAAUCAAAGAAGCUCUAGAAGCUUGUCCAGAAGUGAGAUUAAAUGCAAUUUUAGAAAUUGCGCACAGACUACAUCCAGCAGAACGCACGGAAUUGCAAAGAACUUUGUCACAAAUAGAAAUGACUGCACAGGAGCAUCAUAAUGAUUCAAGUGGUUCAUCCUAAUGUUUCUUUGAAUUAAAAAGAAACUCUUGUCUAUUUGCGUACCUGCUGUAUGUAGUAUGUAUUAGAAUUAAUUGUACAGACACUCGUUAUUCUUGUUAAUAGCAAAUUGUACGGAAGUAGUAUAAUUUUUGGAAAGUUAAUAAUUGUUUCUAUCGAUAGCGUUACGUGAUGAUAGAAAGUAAAAGAACUUGUGUCUUAUUAAAGUUCAAUGGUGAUGCUAUCGUGUGUCAGACAGUAUCACUGCCAUCUCCUAAACCAUGGCAAAAUGUGCCCUUUGUUUAUAAUAAGUAUAUUCAUGAAUGUAAAAAUUAUACUUCAUGUAUACAUAUAUAUAUUUUAUGCAUAUAUAUAUAUGUAUAUAUAUAUAUAUAUGUAUAUAUAUAUAUAUAUAUAUAUGUAUGUAUAUGUGUGUAUGUGUAUAUAUAUAUAUAUAUAUAUAUAUUUCUUUUUAGGAAAAAGUUUGUUCAUUACGUUUAUUUUUAUCGAACGACUAAUGUGUACAUCGAUAUUUUUCAUGUUUAUCGAUAAAAAAAGAAACAACUCGAUAAGUAAUUUUAAAGUAUUAAGUACUAUUUUUUCAAUCGUGAUAAAAAAUAUCAAAAAUUCUUUACUCUCUAGGAAUAAUUUAAUAUAAAUAAAGGGAUAGAUAAUAAAAAAUUUUAUGAACUUGAAUAUUUAACAAAAAUAAGGCAUUUAAUAUAAAAUAGUUACUAAAUGAUCUUUAUACACAUAUAUUUUAUACUAUUUUUAAUUCAUUGAUAUCAAGUUCAAAUGUAUAUUACAUGCAGUCAUAUCGUUAGAGACAUAAAAAAAAUUCUCAAUAUUCUCUUUGUUUAUGUCAUUGUCCUUAAAAGACUGGUAUCUGACUUCGAUGUACAUCAAUUAAAUCAUCAUCUAAAGUAAGCAGUACCAUAAAUGAAAAAAACAUUGCUAAAGCAGAUAGAAAAUGCCAAAUAUCAUGACUAUCAAAAAAGUGUAAGAAUUCGCAGGGCUUAUUAUAAUGACGUGAUUGAGCUGGAGUAAGUUCCCAUGAAAUAGUUUUGUUUAUAAAAAAAUAUAAAGCAGCAGCCCAAAAUACAAUUGAUAAAACAAUAUAAAUACAUGGUCGAAGUAGAAUUCGUUCUUUAUGACAAAUCUGAAAUAUUAAAAAUAUAUUAAUUCAUAAUAUAAGAAUAAUAAAUAUAGAUAUAAUUAUUCAUAUAUAUAUAUAUAUAUAUAUGUAAAUAUAUAUAUAAUAUAUAUAAAUAAUAUAUAAAUAUAUAUAUAUGUAAAUAUAUAUAUAUAUAUAUAUAUAUAUAUAUAUAUAUGUGUGUGUGUGUAUACCUUCAUAAUAAUAUAAAAAGUAGUAUAUAAAAUUAAAUUAGACAUUAAUAUGGCUAAUAGAAACGUGGCAAAAUUUUUUUCUUGAUAUAUAUUUCCAAUUACUGCAAGAGCAAUGUUCCAUAAAUUUGCUAUAACGAGCAUAAAAAAGCGUCCUAUAUACAAAGGUCGAAAUAAAUAUCUAAUUCCAGAACGGGCGUCAUGUUUACAAUUCUAGAAAAUUAUAAAAUUAGUGAUAAAUUGUGCCUAACAAAUAAUCAGGUCAAAAUGAAAAAUAUGAAAUUCAUUAAAUAUAUGAAAUUACCUGUAA